ACGCUUAGGUCCGUCCCGACCCAGAACGAUAUUCUGGUUCCCGAGACUCUCCUGAAGAAGCGCAAGUCGCAGGAGAAGGCCCGCGCCGAGCGCGCUGCCGAGCAGGAGAAGAAGAAGCAGGCCAACAAGGAGAAGCGCGGCACCAUCUUCAAGCGUGCUGAGAAGUACGUCAAGGAGUACCGUGACGCCGAGCGUGAGAAGAUCCGCCUUGCUCGCCUCGCCAAGCAGGAAGGCUCCUUCCACAUCCCGGCCGAGGCCAAGCUGAUCUUCGUCAUCCGCAUCAAGGGUAUCAACAAGAUCCCUCCUAAGCCGCGCAAGAUCCUGCAGCUGCUCCGUCUGCUCCAGAUCAACAAUGGCGUCUUCGUUCGCGUCACCAAGGCCACCGCUGAGAUGAUCAAGGUUGUCGAGCCGUGGGUUGCCUAUGGCUACCCCAACCUGAAGAGCGUCAAGGAGCUCAUCUACAAGCGCGGUUAUGGCAAGGUCAACGGCCAGCGCAUCGCCCUGACUGACAACGCCAUCAUUGAGGAGAACCUGGGCAAGUUUGGCAUUCUCUGCAUGGAGGAUCUCAUUCAUGAGAUCUACACUGUCGGCCCCAACUUCAAGCAGGCCUCCAACUUCCUGUGGCCCUUCAAGCUCAGCAACCCCACUGGUGGCUUCCGCCCUCGCAAGUUCAAGCACUUCAUUGAGGGUGGUGACCUUGGCAAUCGGGAGGAGCACAUCAAUGCUCUGAUCAGGCAGAUGAACUAA